AUGAGUUUUCUCAAAGGCAUCAAAGAUACCGUAGCAUCGGCAGCUGAUCAAAUCGGUGACGUUUUGGAACAUGCUGAACAUAAAGUGGAAGAGAGUGCCAAAUGGGUGGCCGACGGCGCUAAAGGUGCCUACGAUGCCACAGCCGAAAAAACUGCAGAGGGCGCUUCUUGGGUGACCGAUACAGCUAAAGGAGCCUAUGACACGACUACGGGGGCAGUAUCAGAGGCAGCUCACGUCGUUGGCGAGAAGACCACUGACACAGCACAUGCUAUUGGUGGCGUGUUGGGAGAGACAAAGGAAGUGGCCAGUGAUGCGGUGGAAUCCGCAAAGGAUCACACCGCUAACGCUGCUAAGGCCGUCAGUGAUUUCAUUUUUGGUGGAAAGAAAGAAGCUGAUCAUGCAGUUGACCAGGUAGAAAAACACCUAGAGAAAGCUGAGGCCGAUUUAUAUGACCCCUCCAAACACCCCUCGCAUGAAGCAGGACAUACCGGCCAAGAACCAAAGGCUGGUGGUUUCGGAAUAUUCGAUACAGUCAAAGGUGCCUAUGAUGUUGCAGCUGAAAAAACUGCCGAGGCUACUUCGUGGGUAAGCGAUACAGCUAAGGAAGCCUACGACGCGACUACUGAAAAAGUGUCUGAGGCAGGCCAUGUCGUUGGCGAGAAGACGUCUGACACAGCACACGCCGUUGGUGGAGUGCUGGGUGAAACAAAGGAACUCGUCGGUGAUGCGGUGGAAGCGGCUAAAGACAAAACCGCCAACGCCGCGAAGGCUGUAGGAGAUUUCAUAUUUGGUGAGAAAAAGGAAGCUGAGGAACAUUUGGACAAAGCCAAGGCUGGUGCUUUUGGAAUUUUCGAUUCAGUCAAAGGUGCAGUCUCAGGUGUUGGUGAGAAAAUCGGUCAUGUUGCCGAAUCAGCGACUGGAGCUGUCGGAAGUGCACUGGAAGGAGUCAAAGAUACCACAGUCUCGGCAUAUGACAAGACAAAGGAAACUGUGUCGGACCUUUCAUCGGCGACUCAGGAAAAAGCUAGCCACCUCGGCGAGGGUGUCAAAGAUGUGCUACAUACUACCACUGACAAAGUCUCCGAGGGCGCUUCAUGGCUUGGCGAUUCGGCCAAGGGCGCAUACCAUGCGACUACUGGGGCUUUGUCUGAGGGCGCUUCGUGGGUCGGCGAAUCCGCUAAGGGAGCGUUAGACACAACUACUGGAAAACUAGCGGAGGGCGCUUCAUUGGUCGGAGACACUGCAAAAAGUGCCUACGAGACUGCUACAGAAAAACUAUCGGAGGGUGCCACAUGGGUUGGAGAUUCUGCGAAGGGUGCGUAUGAUACCACUACAGGGAAGCUUCAUGAGGUAUGUGAAAUUUCUUUCCAUAGUAGCGCUUUGGGAUAA